UUGUGUUUAUUUCCGUUUUUACGGCUCGGAUUUGUGCCGAGAACAUAAACGGACUCUUCAUCAUCAUCGCCACCAGCAUCAUCAUCACCAUCAUCGCCGUCCUCCUCCCGCGUGACUCAUCGUGAUGUGAGCAGCAGCAGCAGCGCGAGGAGGAGGAGGUGAUGUGAGCGCGCGCCAUGGCCGAGGCGGACGCAGCGGACAGCGGCUCGGAGCCCCCGGGCCUCGCGCCCCAGGCCCCUUCGGCGGCAGCGGUGGUCCCGGCGGUGGUCCUUCCCUCGCCGUCGCUCGCGCUCCCGUUCGAGGACUCGGAGUGUAAGAUCUGCUACAACUACUUCGACCUGGACCGGCGCGCGCCCAAGCUGCUGGAGUGCCUGCACACUUUCUGCGCGGAGUGCCUGCACGCGCUGCACCUGCGCGAGGAGCGCCCGUGGCGCGUCACGUGCCCCGUGUGCCGCCACCGCACGCGCGUGCCUGACUGCCGCAUCCGCGCGCUGCCCUGCAACACCAAGGCUGCCGCACGCUUCCCGCUGUGCGCGCGCGCCGACCCGCUGCCCCAGGACGCGCUGCCGCCGCACCCGCCCCCUCUGCACCCGGCGCUCGCGGCGCUGCGGCGCGGGGACGAGCUCAGCGCCAGCGCGGGCACGAGCACGAGCACGAGCUUGGGCGCGGGCGCCAGCACGCCCUCGUCGGCCACCACGCUCUCGCGAGAUUCCGUGUCCGUCUCGGUCUCCGUCUCGCGCCCCGGCUGCAGGAGGCUCGCGCUCGCCGCUGGCUGCGCGUGCGUCGUCUUCUCCUUCCUCGCCAUGCUCGUGCUGCUGUUCGUGGGGCUCGUGUUCGUGCACGGACACGGAGGAGGUGGAGGAGGAGGUGGAGGAGGAGGGUCGACGUCACCGACGACGUCAUCGUCUGCCGGCCCCGUGUGCUUGUCCGUCGCCAGCGUGCUCGCCAUGGUCGCCGUGGUGGUCACGUGGCUGCUCUGCUGGCUGAAGUACAGGCCGGAGCGCGAGACUGGAGCAGGACGCGCCUCGGCCACGAGCACGGCGAGCAGGAGGAGCGCGUGAAGGAGAGAGAGAGCUUUACAGUGUUGGGGACUCGACCCUGCAGUUAAUGGAACAGUUCAUUUAUUGUGUGUGUGUGUGUGUGUGUGUGUGUGUGUGUGUGUGUGUGAUGCUGUUGGACUCACCAUUACCGUGUUUGGGACUAUGCUUAAAGGGGAAGUCCACCUCAUUUUCAAAAUUCCUACUUAAUUAAAAGGCCUAAUUGUAAACCGAGCAGUUCAGAGCGGUCUGGUGUGAAACGCUCCGUUCCAGAGAAACUUCCCGUGUCAGAACUGGUCACAGUGGUGGUCAUAGGAACCAGACGUCCACCUCUCAAAGCUUCUCACAGAAGUUCCUACAGUAAAUGGUUCUGAAUUCACUGCCUGAUGACUGAGACGCUGUUUUAUGGUAGUUUUGGCCUUAAACUCCAUUCAUGUUGGAGGGAGACAUGUAGGGCGCUGUGAGGAAAAAUAGUCCCCAAAGAAAACUGAUUAUUCCAGAUUUUCCACUAUUUUCCAUCAUCAACAUUCCAUACGACCAGUACUGCUAAAUCUGAAACCCAAAUGACCUCACACACCGACGUUAACAGAGACGGACACGGUUUCAGAGCUUCAGCCUUGUUACUUCAAACUUCGGCGCUUUUCCGAACACAGCUGUAAGCGGUACUAGACAGACUUCUACAUGGAACGCCCGUAUAACAGUGUCCAAAUGUGUUGUUUAACGUUCUGUAUGGCACCAAAAAGGGCUCUGCUACUGACACAGUGUCAAGCUUGUACCACUAGAACCCUUUUUUGGUGCUAUAUGGACUCGUUUAUACAUGAAAUUAUUCUAUAUAAGAAAUAGUUCCAAAUAGAACCAUGGCCUUUACUAAAGAACCCUUGAAGAACCAUCUUUCUGAAGUGCGCAAUGCUAGCUUUAGCGGAUCUCUAGCUUUGGUUUGUUGUUAGCGCUAUUAGUGCGAGUGGCCAGACCUUUCAGCUGAUGUUAUUCCGAUAAAAACGUUUAUUAGUCUUACGAUAGCCUCAAAGUAACUUGGAUGAACGAAGACUUGUUAUUUUUUCCAUAGACUUUUUAAAAUAAAAACAGUCCCGUUAUACGAACAAAGCGUGUCGGGCAGCAGACGUCUGGUUCCCAUCACCACCACUGUAAAUAAAUCCGAUUCAGUAAGCUUCUUGUCGUGGAAGCCACUCUGACGGACUUUGUUCACAUCCCGACGGUUUGGAAUAUCGUCUGAAUUCCCCUUUAAUAGCUGUGGUUUUACUGCACGUGUGCACGGUUAAAUCACUACUGCUCAACCUUUUACAGUGUUUUUCCGACACUUCCACGUGUUCGUGCGCCUCCUGCACUGUGGGCUGUUUUUUUUGAGACUGUAACUGUUCCCUGACGCCGCUGAUUGGUGGGCGUAGUGAUAGCUUUACUCUGACGGCACUUUCGGUGCCACCCCACCCCACCCGCCAUCAGCGCUAUGCAGAUCCGCGGCGCUAACGAGCCGCUUCACCGCCGACAAUCUUCGCAUAACCAUCCGUGCUUUUCGUGCUGUUCCGUGUAAAGCGUUAAUCAUAUAGGCACCGAUAAAUAUAAAAGCCAGUGGUCUCCAAAAUUGCCCCCCCCCCCCCCAAUGUGGAGUUCAGAGCUCCCAAAGCUAAAGUGGGCUCCAGUUCAAACUCGCUGUUGUACCAAAACUUCGUACGUCCGAAGUGCUAACGUUACAGAGGAAAACCGGUUUUAACUCUGAUGUGAACUAUUGUGAUGACACUUUAUAUCAUUUUGGGCCUUCUUCUGUGGGUCCGUCAAUCAUGAUAUGUUUGGCAGCUGGUGUUUUAAAAAAUGGUAUAAAAAAUAAAACGUUAAAGUUACGACGUUUUGAUAUCGCAGCGACACACCUGGGGGCCGGAUUCAUGAAGCGAAGCCCUCAGAAAUUCAGGCUCCAGUGAAAACGCGAACGUGGCUAACAAUAAAUGAAAGCUGCCAGUUAGCCUGAUAAACUAAAGAUGCUAACCUGCGGACUUUAGUUUGUUUUAGUUUUAGUUUUAGCAUUUCCUCAUCUCCUCUUCUGUCAGAUUUAAGAGCGAGGGCUUAAAUGUUUUUAGCUUCACGCUAGUCUUAGACUGAAAGCUUACGCCUGUAAAGCUGAAAAAUGGACACUGGAGAGUGAAUAGAGUGAAUAGAGCAGAGAAUGUGUGUUUCACGCACGCUUCAGUGGAUCUCCAGCUUUUAGUCAGUAUUAGCAUGAAUGGUCAGACUUUUAAGCUAAUGCUAUCAUUCAGAGCUUAAAAGCUAGUGCUGUUCUUGAUAAGAUAUGCUCUUUAAUCUUUUAUUCGUCCUACAGUAGCCUCGCCGUAGCUUUGAUUGACUAUCUUAAGAAAAUAUUCAAGAAUUUGAGAACAGCUUAUUAGCAUAUCUGUGUUGGUCUAAUAAGGCUAAGUCUAAGUUAGCCGGCUCGCUAAUUAAGAUACCUGGAUUCUAGCAAAUAAGGAACUCUGCGUUUAGUUUGGGUGACUUAUGGAAAGCUUUGGUGAAUCUGGUUCCAGAUUCGUGUUUAUAUCCCACUAUUUUCUUCUCAUGAAGUCUGACAGGUCUGUGUGGAUGUGUGCACUGUGCCGCCUUCCAUGUUCUCCUAUAGAGUUCUCUAUAAGUGUGAUGUAUGAGUGGAUUAAGCGGGGCUGUUUUGCAGUUCCAGGGCGACGCUGAUAAACCUGUGUUAAUACUUUGGACAGAUAAUCAGUGACUCUGACGUUCAAAUGGCACCAUUUGUUGCUAAGCUGGCCAACUGGUCAAUAAAUCAAUCGCAGUUGUCAGUCUGA